AUGCAGAGAGGUCUGGACGAUGAGACCAAGAAGCAGCUGGAGGAGGAGGAGCAGAGGAUCAUCAGUGAUGAGCACUGGUACCUGGACCUGCCGGAGCUCGAAGCCAAGGAGAAUCACAUCAUCGAGGUGCCUUAUUCCCAAUGUGAAGAGCAGAUGUACGGCCACAUGUCUUUCGGAGGAUUCAACCCUGAAGUGGAGAAACUGAUGAAGGUACUGAAACCGAAAGAGGUGACGAGUGUGGAAGGCCCAGCUGAGGAAGAGGAGGAGACGAGCUGGAUGCCAGCAGACGUCACAGAUGAAGAAAUGGCUCUGAGGUACGAGAGUUUGGUCGGGAGCACGAAGAAGAAGUUCGUGAAGAAGCGCCAGCGAGCGGCGACGGACGAGGAUGUCAAUCAAAACGUCGUAGAAACCAACACAAAGAGAAUGUUUCUGAAACCUCAGGACUGA